UAUGCGCAGAGUGUCUCUCACCCGGAAGUGACGAUGGUCUAAAAUGGCGACCUCCGCUAGCCGGCUAGUGUCACGCUGUUUUGCAGCAUCCGUUAUUUCUCAAAUAAACCGUGCUCGUGUACUGGUGAUAUCCGUCAGGUAUGUGUCGCUCUCGACAGCGUCCUCGCCCACACAUCGGGGAUGGUUUGCAGCCAAUAUGAUGUUGUGGAGACACGGACAUGCGGUGACAUUGAGCCGACUGACAGUACCCAAGCGUCUCCAUGUCACCACUGACCGAUGUCUCCACUCCAGCAGCAGAUGUGCAGCCAAGCAAGACUUCUACGAGGUACUGGGAAUUGCCCGCACAGCUUCGCAGAAGGACAUCAAAAAGGCAUAUUAUCAGUUGGCAAAGGAGUACCACCCAGACACAAACCCAGAUGACCCUCAAGCCAAAGAGAAGUUUGCCAAGCUGGCUGAAGCCUAUGAUGUGCUGAGUGAUGAGCUGAAGAGAAAGCAGUAUGACAUGUACGGCUCGGCAGGCUUUGACCCGAACCGUGCAAGCCAGCAGCAAUAUAGAGCGGGCAGCGCCACUUUAGACCCAGAGGAGCUCUUCAGAAAGAUCUUUGGGGAUUUCACUAGCGGCUUCAGGGACGUCAACAGCAUGUUUGAUCAACGACCUGAGUUUGUGAUGGAGCUGACGUUUGUCGAAGCAGCGAAAGGCACCGACAAGCUGCUUUCUGUGAACCUGGAAGACGACUGCCCGAGGUGCGGCGGGAAGGGCAGCGAACCAGGAACCAAAGUGUCACACUGCCAUUACUGCAACGGCACCGGCAAGGAGACGCUACACACGGGCCCUUUCAUGAUGCACGGUGCAUGUCGGCGCUGCAGCGGUAAGGGCAUCAUCAUAAUCACGCCUUGCGUUCUGUGCCGAGGCUUGGGUCAGGCCACAAAGAGGCAAAAUGUUACAGUGCCUGUUCCUGCUGGGGUAGACAACGGGCAGACUGUGUGCAUGUCUGUCGGCAGUAAGGAAAUCCUCAUUACCUUUCGGGUCCAGAAAAGUCCUGUGUUCAGGCGAAAUGGAAUCGACAUUCACUCAGAUGUAAGGAUCUCCGUGGCACAAGCCAUCCUUGGGGGCAUGGCCACCACCCAAAGCCUCCACGAAACAAUCAGCAUACUUAUUCCCGCUGGCUGCCAAGCGGAUCAGGUGAUCCGUCUGCAGGGGAAAGGCAUUCGGCGGAUCAACAGUUACAGCUACGGUGAUCACUAUGCUCACAUCAAGAUCAGAGUGCCACAGAAAUUGACGCGGAAGCAGCGAACUCUGAUGCUAAGCUAUGCCGAGGAUGAGAACGAUGUUUCUGGGACUGUUAAUGGUGUCAAGUGGUCUCCAGCAGGGGGAGACAGUGCAUCAGGCGCUAGUGACAAAAGGAGCAGCUCAGCUGAGGGAGAGGAUAAGCAGCCACAGCAGAAGCAAGAGCCAAAAAAGGUCAACACGGCAAAAGAAAAUGAUUUAUUGCAGUACCAGGAGGCACGUGGAGGCAGUUCUUCAAACUGCAGUUGGGGAUCUCGUCUAGCAGAUGCCAGAGCGGCCCACUGGGGAGCCACCGCUACCUCAGUCAGGAGACGAGCACGGCAGGCCUCCACACAACACUCUGAAAGCCGAACAGAGUGAUGGAAGGUUUGUGGACGUUCAGACUUGUAGAAAACCUCUUGUAAGAGCCAAUGUUUUGCUGUUGUACCUACAGUGUAAUAAAUCUACAUCUAAAUGCAAAUCAGAAA